AACCAUGAUUUUUGUUUUGCUUUGGUUCUGGUUGAGAUACUAAAGGUUGUUUAUUUAUGAAAAGAACAAACACUUGUAGUUUUGUAUGCCUCAGCUGUUGCUUAGGAUCCAGUGUUGUAGUGCUUUGCCUAAUUACAAAUAACUCUAAUCAAUAAUAGUGGUAUCAAUAAUAGUGGUUCUUUCCUUCUGAUUUGAACUGAGAGAGAGAGAGCCACUGAUUCUUGAUCUUAAGGUGACCCCAUUUUUCUAUGCCUCAUGCUCAUGCUGCUCUAUGUUCCCUUUUAAAAAUUCUUGCUUGCAUUUUGGGUUGGUUUCUGCUCUAUGUUCCCUUUUAGCGUUUCUUUCUGUUGUUGCUGCACUCUCUUUUGGGCGUUCAUUUCAUGCCCGUGAUCUUGCAAAUUGUGCCUGUGCCGAGCUUGCUUUAGAGUACAGGCUGCGGAGACGUCGAGGACCUCAAGGUCACCGAUGUUGUGGAGCUGGACGAGGUUUCCACGCAGUUCAUCGACCGCCUGUUCUUCCUGGAGAAGUUCGGUCCAUGCCGUGGCGGAGGGUUGUCUUGUGGUUUGACCGGAGCGGGGGCACACCAGAGAAGCGAUCUCGUCCCCAUUAUUCAGGACACUACGGUUAAAGAUUGGUCUCAUUUAUAUUGAUGUUGCUGAUUAUCAAAUCAAUGGAUGUUAUCUAGAGUGCUUCUCCUUCCGAUUUGACGUACUAUGUCUUCCAGCUUAUACUAUAUAUGAUUUCUUUCAAUGGUUUUAACUAAUUAUGGAUAUGUAUCUAAUUAUGUUAUUUUGGCAUCAACAAAUUACUCACCUAGCAUUUAUUCUGCUAUAUGGAAACAAUCGGUGCCUAUUUCUUUUUUAUCUGAACUCAGACAUAAUUCUGCUAUAUGUAAACAAUCAUUGGUUCUUUCCAUUCUAUCUAAACUGAGAAAUAACUCUAAUCAGUUGUUUUUUAUUUACUGUCCAAGUAUCAUUCUUACCUAAAACUUGUGCCAAAACUGGUUUUUCUUUCAUAUGUGCCAUAGAUUAUCCAACCCCCUCUGCUUCUGUACAAUUUUGUCGACUUAUCUGGCAUUUUCUCAGCCGUGUGGAACCAGCACAUCUACCUGCGAAUCUCCAGGCUAUGGUAUCAGCAGGGUUGCUUCGAUGAUGGCCCUAUCAAGAGUAUACAUGUGUGCUCUUCUAUAGGGAAAUCAUGCCAACAAGAUGGUGCCUAAUGAGGUCAUAGACAUGUUUUAGACACUUUGCAUGAGAGAAAUUUAUACAAGUGUGCCAGGAUCCAUGUGAGGUUCCCUGUAACAAUUCUGAGGGUAGUGGAAGGCACGUAUACAUUAUGGUUCACUAGAUCAAUAAUUGUCUUCAC